CUUGAAGUCGAGGUCACAGAUAUAAGUGGGAAAACCAUUGAUGGUCCAGUCCGCCUAGAUAUUGCUGUUAUUGAUCAAAAUGAUAACAGGCCAAUGUUCAAAGAAGGACCCUACGUUGGUCAUGUCAUGGAGGGAUCCCCCACAGGAACGACUGUGAUGCAUAUGACAGCAUUUGAUGCUGAUGACUCUAGCACAGACAAUGCUCUUCUGCGGUAUAACAUCCUCCAACAGACACCUACCAAACCAUCUCCAAAUAUGUUCUAUAUUGACCCGGAAAAGGGAGAUAUUGUUACAGUGGUGCCGCCUGUACUCUUGGAUCGUGAGACUAUGGAAACUCCAAAAUACGAGCUAGUUAUAGAAGCUAAGGAUAUGGGUGGUCUUGACGUGGGACUAACUGGCACAGCAACUGCCACUAUUCUUAUUGAUGACAAAAAUGACCAUCCACCAGAAUUUACCAAGAAGGAGUUUCAAGCCACAGUAAAGGAGGGAGUCACAGGUGUAAUAGUAAAUUUAACCGUCGGUGACCGAGAUGACCCAGCAACUGGAGCAUGGAGAGCUGUCUACACCAUUAUUAAUGGAAAUCCAGGGCAGAGUUUUGAAAUCCAUACCAAUCCCCAGACUAAUGAGGGAAUGCUCUCUGUUGUCAAACCUUUAGACUAUGAGAUUUCGGCGUUUCACACAUUGCUGAUCAAAGUAGAAAAUGAAGACCCACUGAUUCCAGACAUAGCCUAUGGCCCCAGUUCCACAGCAACAGUUCAGAUCACUGUUGAGGAUGUGAAUGAAGGCCCGGUUUUCCACCCGAACCCCAUGACAGUGACAAAACAAGAAAACAUCCCUAUUGGCAGUGUUGUGUUAACGGUAAAUGCCACUGAUCCAGACACUUUGCAACAUCAGACUAUCAGGUAUUCGGUUUACAAGGAUCCAGCAGGCUGGCUAGAAAUUAACCCUACCAAUGGCACCAUUGGCACCACUGCUAUCCUGGAUCGGGAAUCUCCUUAUGUGCAGAAUAACAUAUACACUGCUCUCUUUCUGGCAAUAGACAGUGAAAGGUGCCCGUGUAAAGUUGAGCAUACGCUUCAGCACUUCACAAGGUGGCCACCUAAAGGUAUGAGAGAUCAUUGUGACAAACAGAAAAUAGAGGAAUUAACUGCAAACUUCAAACUUAGAACAGCUUUGAUUUAA